CACCCAUUCUAUGAAUCACCAUCAUCAUCAACAGCAGCAGCACAGACAUUGCAGCCACUGUUUUUCCCUGUCCUGGUUAACGUUUUGUUGCUAUGAAACAGUGACUAAUACCAGAUUAUGUGUAGAUUUUUGUUUUCUGAAUAGCAGUAGAUUUCGUUAGUAUUGAAUCAGCUCUCAGAGCUGAAAAUACCUUCUGCAUUUUCCUCUUUUACAGACAGGAGCUGUGGCUGUGAUUCUGAAUGCAAAGGGGAGGAGGAGUUAGAUCAAGAGACAUUGCUCACAUCAUCAGUAUUAGCUCUGAUAUUUACAGUCUGCUCCUGAGGGUUGAUUGAGAAGGGAAUACAUCUUACUCAAGAAGCUUGAAUCUAAGAAUUGCUGCAGGUCCUUCUGCCAUCCUAAGAGGGCAUGUGAUCCUAAGAGGGCAGGUGAAGGUGAACUAUAGCCGAGGCACUGAUUUCCCAUGAAUGAGAUCCAUAAAAAUAUAAUAAGGGAAAUUUAUCCAAGACAAGAAAUUAAUAAAACAAAUCCACCAUCUAUAUAUAACAAAGGGGUUUAAAGGUACCUUAAGAGAAUGAAUAACAAAUGAUACGCUGGUCAUGAAUUAUUCAAAUGCCAUUGUAAACUUACAUUUUCCGGGGUGAAGAAAAUUUAAUGGGUGCUACUUUACUAUCUAAAAAGUAAUGUGUUUAGCACCCAGCAGGAAAGAUGAGGUUGAAAUGGAACCUUCUCAUGGAGCGCCUCAUGCUUCUGUCAUGCAACCUAAAGUUGACCAAGCACCAAGGGAGAAAGAAACCAAUAAAAUGUAUCUUAUAACUGCUGUACUUGUCUGGCUUGUAACUGGCACAACCAUAUCCAGCCUCAACAAAUGGAUAUUUGCAGUAUACAAUUUCAGAUAUCCCUUGCUGCUGUCGUCUCUUCAUAUGCUUACUGCCAUUUUAGUGGACUAUCCUCUGGUCAAGUAUGGAUUGGUCAAGCAGAAUGCUGAUGAAGAAUUGAAAGUGUCCUUGAAUGGCCAUGCUAGACUUAAAGUUUUUCUUCUGAGCUUGACCUUCUGCUCCAGCAUUGCCUUUGGGAACCUGGGACUAAAUUGUGUCCAGCUUUCUUUUGCACAAAUGAUUUACACCACAACACCCAUCUUCACCCUGGUCCUAUCUAAAGUGUUUCUGGGCACCAGACACCACAUUCUCAAGUACACUGCCAUGGUGCCAAUUUGCUUGGGAGCAUGUUUCAGCAUUAUUGGAGAGGUGGAAUUUGACCAAACUGGCUGCUUCUACCUAUUUGCUUCAACAUUUCUCAGGGGAUUGAAAUCUAUACAACAGAGUUCACUUCUGAAAGAAGAAAAUAUUCACUCUGUGACACUUCUGUACCUGAUGUCUAUUCCCAGCUUUUGUAUCCUCUUUCUGGCUGCGCUGCUCAUUGAAACAGAAGUCGUGUGGGAGACUCCACCAGACUGUGAUAACAAACUCUGGCUUUUCAUUCUUCUUAGCUGCCUGGGUUCUGUGCUGUACAACUUGGCCAGCUUCUUUGUCAUCACGCUGACAUCUGCUGUCACUAUACAUGUGCUAGGAAACCUAAAUGUCGUUGGGAACCUGGUUCUGUCUCGUGUGCUCUUUGGAAGUCACCUUACAGCCCUUAGUUACACUGGAAUAGGACUCACUUUGGCAGGGAUGUUUAUGUACCAAAAUAGCCAUCUUAUAGCUGAAUACUUUAGACAUUCUCCAGAAGAAACAAAAGAACACUCUAAGUCUAAGUAAUGACCUACUUCUCCAAAGAUGCCAUUAAACAGACUGAGUUUUUCAGGUCAUUAAAUACAUGAUUGGGAUGAACAUCUUCUCUCCAACUCAAUAUAUGAGAGGACAAUACUCAGCUAAAUGAACACUUGUGCAGGGCAUCUGCAUCUUGAUGUUUCUUUCAAGAAACGAUAUUAUAUUCUUAUCUCUUAUAGGUAGCUCUGAUUUUUCAGAGUAAUAAUAAUUUGUUCUUCUUGCAAUAUUGUUCAUUGCCAACCAGUCAAGAACUACAAAACAUCUCACUGUUCAUUUUAUUGUAGGUAUCAGUGUGUUCAUAUUAGUAUAGAAUAUUGCAAAUGGAACCCAUGUAAGGAUCAAAAAGUAUUGACGAUCUCCUCCAUAAAAUUGUCACUCCACUAACUGGAAAUACCUUUGAUUCUUUCCUUAAAGGGUUGUAGAAAAACAUAAGACAUUCUCAGGAUGCUGUGCAUCAUUCAGUCUUGCAAAUACCUAAAGUCAUUAUUAAAAUAUUUCUAUAACAGGAAAUACCUCUAGUUCAAUAUAUUGUUAGCCAUGAAACGUUGAUGUUCUAUUUUAUGAUAACUACCAUCUGAUUAGUCACACGUCUGAUAUACAGUUAGCCAUAGAAUAACAUUUGUCGCAGAACUUUCAAAAGCACAUUACCGAGAGAUUAAAUGUAAUUCAUUUAAAAUCAAACAUAAAGAAUAAUGUCAUAAAUGGUAGGUAAAUCAAACGUCAAGUCAAAGUACAUAAGUACCAGAUGAACCUGAGUGUUGUGUGCCUUUUAUUAUAGGUUUAAAUCAUACGGCCACUUACUGCUGUACCUCUGAGGUACUAAAAAACACCACUGCCUUUUAUUUUUAUGAGGAUUUAAAAAAAAAAAAGGGAAAUAUAUGAGUACAGGGUUCAGAUAAGAUGCAUACAAUAUCAGCAUCCUGUACACUUAAAGGGUUAUUUAAGGGAUAUGAAACCCAAAUGUUUUCUUUCAUGAUUUUAUUAUCAAUUGUUCUUCGUAUUUGAAAAGCAGUAAUGUAAGCUUAGGAGUUGGCCCAUUUUUGGUUCAGAAUCCUGAUUAGCACUUGCUGAUUGUUGGUUUACAUUUCUCCUUUUUUAAAUAAAGAUACCAAGAGAAUGAAGAAAAAUUGAUAAUAGGAGUAAAUUAGAAAGUUGCUUAAAAUGUCAUGCUCUAUCUUAAUCAUGAAAGAAAAAAACACGUCCCUUUAAACUGCUGGUCAUAACUGCAAUAGAAUAUUUUUCGACUUACAAUACUAUUGUUUUUGCUCCUGUGCCUGCAGCUCUCUUAAAAGCCAUUUACCUAAUAAAACAACUUAUAGGUGCCAGUUGGUGAAGCUCCACGUCUUCAGACUGGACACCACUGUCUAGAUGAUUAGGUUUUCUCACACCCUGAGACAGAAGCAGUGCACAUUUACAGAUCAGCGAUGCUGCGGGUGUGUCACGUGCGCAUGAUACAGAGUGAGAGCUUCAUAGUUUUGCAUCUUUUUUACACAGCUUAAGUUACAUAAAAUAUGUCUAUAAAAACACCCUCAGAAAUAAUAUAGAGCUGUACAGUGACUGUAUUGUUCUCUAUUGUGUACACUAACCUUAAGCACAUAAUAGAGUUGUCAAAAAGCCAGCAACAUGACUGAUUUGUGCACUGCCUAUUUGUUAGCGUGUGAGAAUACCUAAGCUCCAAUGUAGCAGUACGAAGAGGAGAAGUGUCAACAUUGGGCACUUUUACGUUGAUAAAAUAAGAGAACCACUUUGAAGACUGUAGUUGUGCCCAGCUAUUUAAUGUCCCUUUAAGGCUAUUUCCUUAAAUAAGCACACCUCACAUAGUGAUAUUGGAGAUAAGUUAUACAUUAUUUUGGUUAGAUAUUGGAAGUCGUAUAGAAAUAAUACAUUGGACAGAUUGUCUUAUCUACAGUAUAUCUAAAAUGAAUAAUCUGCUUCUUUUGUAAAUUUGUAAAUAGCUUUAUGAUGCUUUUUUUGGUGUCAGUCUGCUGUACCACAGAGAGCUGAAUGGUGUUGCAGACUCUAGCACCCAAGGAGUUAAAGUGAUUUUCUACUCUGAAAAUAAACUGUGAAAAAAUAAAGCUGUGUAUUUUAUGUAAAUCCGCCACCUGCAGUUAAUAAUAAAUGACAAAUAAGCUGUGGUGUAUUCUGACGGUAAAUGUAUCUGUAAAAUAUAUUAAAUUACAUUUGACACCAUGUUAGAUAUCUUAACGGUUCCCUGAAAUAUAACUGACCUAUUAAGCCA